AUGGAAAAUCCUGAAGUUAAAGCAGGUGAGAUUGAGGGUAAUAUGUCUGGAAAGAGACCAGCUCAGCUUGACUGGGUAAGAAUUAAUAAGUAUAUAAAAAUGUGUAAUAGUACGAAUCCAUUUCGACCUAUUAUUGACCCAACUAGACUAGUAGACACAAAUCCCUUUUCAAAGUCCGUGAGGCGUCGUUUGAUAAGAGAAGCUGAACUUAUGUCUGAAAAAGAACUAUCUCAAAGUUGUCCAAAACAACAGCAAACGACAUUAGAAAAUGAUAAUGAAGGGGAUAAGGUAAAUAAAAUUGACGUAAUAGGAAAGAGUUACAAGAACAUAGCAAAACUUCUUCACGAAAACACUAGCAAUGUAAUAGAAUGUAAUGGCUAUGAUUUGUGUCCUUACGGUGACAAUGUUUUAUACAAGCUCAUUGAGAGUCCCAGUCUUGAUAAUGAAAAUUCAACAAGCACAAGUUUUCGUCAAGACAAUUCGAAAAAAAUACCUGCAAAAUCAAUAGCCUACUACAGGAAUGAAAAGAUAGUGGUUUUCGAAAGUUCAAAUAAGUACAUUGUGUACAGAUUGGAAGAGAUUGAGUGGGUUGAGGAAUGUUAUGAGAUACCACCAAUUACACUGUACUUCAGGGCUGAACUUCGAGAAUUUGCUCAAUUAAGUCCUGAUCAGUAUACUGUUGGUUUAAGAAUAGUUGAAGGUAUAAAUUUUGUAUACAGAGUGAAAAAGGACAUAAAUUGUUCUAAGGUGAUGCUAGGAAGUCGAACUGUGUGGCUUUGCGAGAAUGAUCUGAAAUCCUUCAUCAAGACACUAAUUUACAGUGUGAUAGAUGACAGUAUAGUGUUAGAUGGCAAUCUAUUGAUUAAGUACACAAAAGUUGACAACAAAUGGAUUGCGAUAUCUCAACAACCUUACUUUCUAAGACAUUACGUUGAGGAUGGACUGGGUGACUUCAUACCAGUUUACAUCGAUAGAAUUACUAAAAAUUAUAGAUCUUUGAAAUACACACUUGACUAUAAAGAUGUGCCUAAAAUUGACCUGGUUAAGUACCACGAGAAGACACUUUGGAGGCGUGAACCUGAACAGUAUGUUCCAAAGAGCAUGUUUUGUCGUAUUAAUACUUCUAAAGCCUUUGUGUUUCAAUUUCAGGACAAAUUCAAAGUGUGCUAUCUGCAAGGUAAUUGCAGUAUUAGUAACGACUAUGAUAUACCACCAAUCAAACUACUCUCUCAAGAUAACCAAGAUAACAUUAUUCCACUCAACUCCAGUGAGUACAGUGUCCAACUAUCUGUAAAUAUGUAUGUUCAAUUUAUUUACAGUCUUAACCCUGAAACAGUCUGUACUCAAGUUGAAUACGGUGAAAGAAUAAUCUGGAAAUAUAAACGUGGACAAAACAAACCACUUUGUGUUGUUUAUAGUCGUUCUAGUCAAAGAAUUCAGGUUAUUUUCGAAGACAGUAUCGUUUAUACAAUUACGAAAUCUCCCAAUUCUCAUGUGAAGUGGGCCGAAAUUCCUCCCGAAAUCUCUCUAUACAAAACAAAUGAACGGGGUAAAACUGUGAGACUGGAUGCUCGUGAUUACAGGGUCCAGUUAUAUAAAUCCAAAGGAUUUAGAUAUGUAGUUAAUGAAGAAGUUACUUGCACUGAACUUAGACAUAAUGGUACAGUAGUUUGGAGAUACACAGGAGGAAUACUUCCCUUAUCAUUUGUCUAUUUCUUUAAAGGAAAUAAAACGAUUUCCGUUAUUUCCAGAACUGCGACUUGCAAUUACCAACUUCAAAAGGGUCAAUGGGUUACAACUGAAACCACUAAUACCAAUUAA